CGCGCACCGCGAGGCCGAGACAGAGCGCGCGAUCACCACCACAAGAGGAGCUCCCCGCACCACCACCACCUCACAGUCCGUCCAUCCGUCCGUCCAUAUAACCCUCGCCUUCUUGGUACCCGCUGCUCGAUCGACCGGGCAAGAAGAAGAAGCAAGAAGCAUCAGGAGAGAGCGAGAGCUAGCUGGAUCUGCUCGUGGCGGGGAUCGAACAAGAGGAGCGCUGGCGAUGCUGCAGCUGAUGAUGGCGCUGGCCUUCUCGGCGGCGCCGCUGACGCUCUACGUGCCGCCGGUGCGCAGCCUCAGCCUCUUCGUGGAGGCCAUGGAGACGCUGUGCCGCGAGUGCGCGCCCUACUCCCAGGGCGCCGUCUCCCGCUUCCGCCUCGGCCUCUCCCGCAUCUUCGCCGGCCUCGCGCGCGCCCUGCGCUAAGCCGGACGCGUCCGGCAAGCAGAUCGAUCCUUCUCCUUCUUCUUCUCGCCGUAGGUACACGUGCGCUACACCAUGGACAGGGCCACGCCCCCUUGCGCAGCGAAGCGGCCGUGCUCGUCCUGGAUCUUGAUUACUUAGUUUCAUAUAGUACUACUAGUUGCUAGCUUUGUUCUCGUUUUGAGUAGCAUUUAGAGAAGGAAAUGGGUAAUAAUCUCUGCCCGAAGAGGGCUUUUUUUGUGAGAGAUCGUGAGAAGAUACAUACAGUGUUCUUAUGUGGUGGGUGCGAUGCGAGGCAGUCCAUGAGAAAGUUUGUUGUCAUCUGUACAUAAAUCAUACUGCUUGCUACCAGUUGGGAAAGUUUGUGUGUUCUUGAGAUGUUGAUCGAACUGUUUUGAGUUGUAAUGGAAGAGCUUGACUUGUUGAUUCGGUCAGUGUCA